AUGUCGUGGGCUGGUUUCAAGAAAAAUGUCAACCGCGCUACGACGCAGGUGAUGAUGAAGACAGGUCAUGUUGAGAAAACGAGCGAUCGUGAUUACGAAGUGGAGGAAAGAGGCGAUUCUGACGCCGAGAUCAUAGCUAUGACAGCAUCGCAGAUGCGGAUUGCCGAGACUAUCGACGCGUUCUACGGUGAUGCCGGAGCCAAAGAUGGUGUGAGUCGAAACUACAAGCAGGCGGUGGAGGAUCUGGACUCAGAAACUAUCAAGGCUUUGGAUGGCCCGUACAGAGCUACGGUGUUUGACCCCAUCUCGAGAUUCUGUAACUACUUCCCCGACGUCAAUGAAUGUAUGAAGAAACGCAGUCAUAAGCUGCUCGAUUACGAUGCCCUCCGUGCAAAGGUCAAGAAGCUUGUCGACAAGCCCGACAAAGACUUGACCAAACUCCCGCGUGCUGAGAAGGAGCUCGACAUGGCGAAGCAAGCAUACGAGCAACUCAACGAGCAACUUUCCACGGAACUGCCGCAACUGAUCGACCUGCGUGUGCCAUACUUGGAUCCCAGCUUUGAGGCACUUGUCAAAAUCCAGCUUCGGUUUUGUGCCGAAGCGUACAGUCGAAUGGCACAGGUGCAGCAGUAUCUAGAUGCUGACACACGCGAUCAGUAUGCCAAUGGUGAGCUUGAUACACGAGUGGAGCAGGUGCUACAGGAAAUCCGGGAGUUGAGCAUCAGCGGAACGGUAUAG